AAGAGCACCCGAGCACCGAAAAUUACGUCAUUAAUUCACUUGAACUCAGCUAGCGAACACACGAUGUCUGGAAGAGGUAAAGGCGGCAAGGGACUCGGAAAAGGAGGCAAGGGACUCGGAAAAGGAGGCGCUAAGCGUCACCGUAAGGUUCUCCGCGAUAACAUCCAGGGAAUCACCAAGCCUGCCAUUCGCCGUCUGGCUCGCCGUGGCGGCGUGAAGCGUAUCUCCGGGCUGAUCUACGAGGAGACCCGCGGUGUCCUGAAGGUGUUCCUUGAGAACGUGAUCCGUGACGCCGUCACCUACACCGAGCACGCCAAGAGGAAGACCGUUACGGCCAUGGACGUGGUCUACGCUCUGAAACGCCAGGGACGCACCCUUCCUGAAGCAGUGCAUGUAAGGAAGCUAGCUAGCGCCAUGGCCAGAACCAAGCAAACCGCUCGCAAAUCCACCGGUGGCAAAGCACCCAGGAAGCAGCUCGCCACCAAGGCUGCGCGCAAGAGCGCCCCGGCCACCGGCGGCGUGAAGAAGCCUCACCGUUACAGGCCCGGCACCGUGGCUCUUAGAGAGAUCCGUCGUUACCAGAAGUCCACUGAGCUGCUGAUCCGCAAACUGCCUUUCCAGCGCCUGGUGCGAGAAAUUGCCCAGGACUUUAAGACCGACCUGCGCUUCCAGAGUUCCGCAGUGAUGGCCCUGCAGGAGGCAAGCGAGGCUUACCUGGUCGGCCUGUUCGAGGACACCAACCUGUCUAGCGAACACACGAUGUCUGGAAGAGGUAAAGGCGGCAAGGGACUCGGAAAAGGAGGCGCUAAGCGUCACCGUAAGGUUCUCCGCGAUAACAUCCAGGGAAUCACCAAGCCCGCCAUUCGCCGUCUGGCUCGCCGUGGCGGCGUGAAGCGUAUCUCCGGGCUGAUCUACGAGGAGACCCGCGGUGUCCUGAAGGUGUUCCUUGAGAACGUGAUCCGUGACGCCGUCACCUACACCGAGCACGCCAAGAGGAAGACCGUUACGGCCAUGGACGUGGUCUACGCUCUGAAACGCCAGGGACGCACCCUGUACGGUUUCGGCGGUUAAACGCACUCUUCUCGGAACGUCAACAUCCCGACUUGAACCCAAAGGCUCUUUUAAGAGCCAC